GCGGCCGCGCGGGUCCCGGAGGUGCCCUUCGCGCUCAGCAGCAGCUCCGCGGUGCGGGAGCACUACGGCGUGACGGCAGCCACCCUCACUCUGUUCCGCAGGGCAGACAAAGACCGGAGAGAUAUGGAUUUGGACAAAGAAGAAAUUGAUGCCGAUAAGAUGAGUCGUUUCAUUCGAAUGAAUGAGCUCCGCCUGGUGACAGAGUACAACCCUACGACAGCAGUAGGUGUGCUGCACAGUUCUCUCCUGCUCCACCUCCUCCUGUUCACAGACAAGAAGUCCCCAGAGCAUCCUGAGCAAAUGCGCAGAUAUCGUUCAGCAGCGGAGCUCUUUGAGGGUAAGAUUCUCUUUAUCCUGGUAGACAUUAACUUGAAAAGCAAUGAGCAAGUGAUGGCAUACUUCAAACUGAAGAAGUCCCAGUUGCCAGCUCUGGCUAUAUUCCACACACCAGAUGAGAAACACGAUGUGUUGCCUCUGGAUGAAGUCUCCAUUGAACGUGUGAAGGACUUCUGUAAUGCUUUCUUACAAAAAAUGCAAAAGGAAGAAGACAAGCCGGAGAAGGCCUUCAAUGAGGAACUCUAACUCUUUCUCAACAAACAUGAUGACUGUGCCCAGAGCCAUCUGCUCUUGGUGUAUAAGGAGUUCACUUAGCUUCACAGCUCAGGAAUUCUUGGUAUAAUAGGAUUAAGGGGCCAAGUCAGUCACGGAUUCCCAUCUCCAUGCCAUGAACAUAUUUGCUGCCUGUCCUCUCUAGGAAUCACUUCUCUCUUCUAAUUUGCUGGCUCCAGCUCUCAUUUUUCCAGAUGCUCUGGUAUUGCUGUACACAGUGUACAUGUAACCUCUGAUGAAGCAAUGAGAAUAUAACAAAAUUGCAAUAUCAGAGAUAUACCUUGUAGCUCCUGGAAAGACUGACAGAUCUGUUUCUCUCAUGAUGCCUCCCAUGUUCUCUUUGCUUUUGGUGCCAUGCUGGGAUCCAGCAGGCUCAGUCAGCCUAUUGUGACACUAGGAAUAGAGUGGUUGUUUAAUGUCACGUAUUUUACUAAAUAAAGCAGAAAGUGAAUAUCCUGAAUUUUUAUGGAAGUA